AUGAAAAAGGGAGCACCAAAAUAUUAAAACAAGGUUGCAUUCAAAAUGAGAUUUCAUGACCACUACACAGAGAAGAUCUAGAAUGCCUCUCUAGAUAGAUUGUGUGAAUUGUGUUAGGCUUAGAUUGAAUGGAAAAUUAAAUAUGGCAAAUACAAGACUCCCCAUGAUCUAUCAAGAUGCUAUAAAUGCGAGAAGAAAAACAUCUUUAAGGCAUACAGAAGAUUAUGUGAUGCAUGUUCUGAUGAAUUGAAACAAUGCUCUAAAUGCACAGAACCUAUUGAAAUAAAUGAUGACAGUUCAAGUGGCGAAGAAAUGGAUGAAACACUAAAAUGCUUAAGAGAGAGAUCAAAAAGAACUGUCCUUAGAAAAAUUGAAAAAGGUGAAAUAACAUGGGAUAGACAUAAUAAAAAGUUUAUUGAUUCAGAAUCUGGAGAAUAAGUCAUAGUUCAAUACAAAAAAGAUUAUAUUGAUGAAGAAGAUGAAUAAUUAUGGGAGGAUAAUGAUAAUGAUGAUAAUGAGGAUGAUGAGGAUGAUAAUAGUGAUGAAAGUGAAGAAGAAGAUAAUACUAAAAAGAACAAAAAAAAGGUUUAAAUACAACAGCAAUAGAAAGUUUAAUAGAAAAAAAUAGAAUAAUCAAAAAAACAAAAGGCUAAAAAAGUUGAAUCUAGUGAUGAUGAUGGUUCUAAUAGUGAUGAGUCAGAUGAGGAGAAUUAAUUCAAUUAAAUUUAACAAAUAAAUCAAAAAGAUCCUUCUGUUUAUUCUGACGGAUCAAAUGAAUAAGAAAAAAUCAUCAGAAGAGAGAAAAACUUUAGGUUUUAUUUUGAUGAAUAAUAUCAGCUAAUUUAGGACGAAUGA